AGCAACAACAACAUCAACGUCCCGCUGCACUGCGCUUAGCUAGCAGGAGCAACGUUUUUCGUGCCCCUCGGACAAGGACCCAUGCGAUACAAGACGAAAUGAUCGAAGGACUGGCGGCUGCUGUUUUGCCAGGAACAGAGGUUCCGGUGGAGAGGUUGAGAGUGCCUCGCGAACCGCCAGAGCGGCGUCCCUUCGACCUCGAUGCCGCCGUGUUCCUCGCCGACUUCGCGUUCGAGGUCUACAGGGAUCCAGGAAAAGUGGCUUGGGAAGUGCCCGGGCCCAGCAGCGUUCGCUUCAAGGAGGGCGCGUUCGUGUCUAAAGUCUUCCCGGGGCUGCUGACGGUGUCAUUGCUUGCGGCGGAGGGGCUUCCCAUCGUUCUCGAGCCCGUCGGCGGCGACGCCGGCAAGCGAGAGCGGGAGAUCAACCCGUCCGUAUCCAUGGUCCUCGCUGAUGAGGACAUGAGGAGCGGGACCUUGACGUCCGUUAAGCGACCACUCCCCGGGGGUCGAUGUUGGGGCGAGCUAUUCUCGAUGCACGUGCACGAUCCGGAAACGAGCGUCCUCGAGGUGGGCCUGUGGGACAAGGGGGAGGAGGGAGCCAUACCCUUGUCCAUGACGGGCGUCUUCCGGGGGGACGGCGGAAAGGAGCUGGUGGGCACUGCCAGGGUACCGCUUUGCAAGGUGCUGAAAGGCAUGUCUAAGGGCAGAGAUGACGCUUGGACCGGGUGGGUAGAGAUAGACCCUAUCCCUCUGCCUGAGGAUGAAGACGAGGACGAUGAUAAAAAAACUCACCCUGACGCUGAUGGUGUUGGCGGCGGUGGUCGUCCCAUGGCGGCGGCGCGGCUGCACGUUGACCUCCGUUUCGCUCCGAUGGAGAGGUACCAGGGAGGCGACCUCCCGACGGCCCCAAGAGCAUCCGACAAGGACGUUGGGGGUGUCGGAAAUUUUGCCGGCUCGAUGCGCGCCCGAUGGCAGAACCUCGUAGGCCAGGAUGAUACCGCGGCCGCCGGCGGUAACGAGGACACGGCCGCCGCCGCCGCCGCCGCGGAUGGCGAAGGAGUGGAGGUGUACGCCCCCGGGCUCUCGGCCAACCGGACGUUCCUGUACAAGGAGGGCGAGGAGGGUGGCAGUGUCAUGGCCGGCAGAAUGGACGCAGCCAACAGCGGCGGCGGUGGCGACAACUUGAGCUCCACAAGACCAAGCAAGGGCAGCAGCGCCAGCGGCGGUGGUGGCCGAGGCAGCAGUCCCGCCGAGGGCGAGGGAGGAAGAUUCUGGAAGUGGAGGGGGGAGGCGGGCGGGGAUAAGGCCAAACGCGGAGGCGGCGGCGGCGGUAACGAGGGCAAGGCUAAAGUCAAGAGGAAGCGCAAGCCGGUGGUGCUUAGGGAGGACGGAAUGCCCGACUGGAGCGUGCUGACGAACCGAGUGGACGGGCUUGCGGAGCAGGCGAGGUCCUUCGAGUUCAUGUGCUUCAUCGACAACCACGACACCGACACGCAGGCAAGUGGGGGUUUGGCGCGACGAGGCCAAGAAGCGUAUGGUCGUCUCCUUCCGAGGCACGGCGCAGCUCGAGGACGUGAUUACGGACGUCAACUUUCUGCUGUUACGGAGGACCUCGAUCAUUCAGGCGUCAUCCGGAGGGCGGUGCUCCCGGCCGUCGAUGACGUCAUGGCCGCGGUGCGGGAAACAACCGCCGGCUGGAAGAAAGAAAGGGUGCAGCCGAUCCCGGUUACCCUCGCGCAGCAGAAAGUGCACAUGCUCGAGUCGAUGAACAAGCUUCUCGAUACCAGCAGAGCGCUCCUCAAGGACCUUAAGGACACCACCACGGCCUCCGCCGCGGCCGGUGGCGUCAAGCAGCUGUCCGGCGAUAAGAGCGGCGGCACGGUUCCGGACGGUGCGGCAACCGCUGCCGCCGCGACCUCGAAAGGCGGUGGCGGUGUCGAAAGCGGGGGCUCCGCUGUCGGCGCGCGACCGGCGGACGAGAUCCUGUCGGCAGUGACGGGGUUGCUGAGGCUCGGGGGCCCCGCAGAGCCGGCCUCCGCCGACGAGGGCGGGGUACUGACGACAACGUCGAGGGCGGCGGAUACCGCUGCUGCUGCUGCUGCUACCUCCGGUGGUGGUGGUGACGAGCAGGAGAGGAAGGUGGGGGGUACCGCUGCCGCCGCUGCCGCCACCGCCGCCACCAACCUUAUUAAGCUGCUCGACAGCAGCAACGACGCCGCCGGUGGCGGUGGCGCCGCCGCCGCCGCCGCCGCCGCCGCCGCCAACACCACCGCUAACAGUGACGGUGAAGGCGAUGGUGUCGGCAGGCGUGUCGUCAGCAAGCUGUGGAAGCGGUGGAAGGGAGAAGGACAAGCGGGAGGUGCGGGCGGCGAGAUGUCCAAGGCCCCCAAGGCGCCGGGCCUGAGUGGCGAGAGAGGGCUGGCGGACACCCUCGCUUGGGUUCAGCAAGUCGCCGAGCAGAAGAUGGACGAGAUGGCCUCCUCCCAAACCUUCAUCGGGGAGGAGAUGAGGAGACAGAUGCAGCUGCUGAGCGAGGGGAAGGUGAACGCCACUGAGAGCAGGGAGAUUUUGGCCGGCUUCUUCCGGGAGCAGCUGGAGAAGGUCGAGGCCACCAAGGAGCUUGUGGACAGGGUGGAGGAGUUCCGAGAGAGCCUCGGGAAGGUGGGUGUAGAGUGGGACGGCGAUGCUGGCGGCUUGGUGGGUUUGGAUGGCCUGCAGGAGCGGGUUCAGGAGCAAGGGCGGAAAGCGAUCGAUGACAAGAUUGUUUCAUUUCAGGCGAUGCUAUCAAACGUCACCGCGCUGCAGCAGCAGCAGCAGCAGCUGGAGCAACAAUCGUGGCGCGGGAGUGAGAACGGUGGGAACGUGACUACGCCAGUCGCCGACGGCGACGGCAAUGACGGCGGAGAAGAGGCUGCGGCUGCAAAAGACCCUCCAAGGAUACACGCCGGUUUUAGGAGGGCCUAUGUGAGCGUGAACGGGACUCUGAGCGCGGUGUUGGGAUCGGCCAUGGAGGGGAAGCCGGAGGACUGGCACGUGUACAUCACGGGACACUCCCUGGGGGGAGCACUGGCUACCCUUGCCACGCUGGAUCACUGUCGGCGGUACCCUGAGGCCAAGGUCACAAUGUACAACUUCGGCAGCCCGAGGGUGGGCAACAAGGCUUUUGCGGAGCUGUACGACAGCUUCGUCGGCGACAGCUUCCGGGUGGUGAACAACCUCGACAUCGUGGCAAGAAUGCCGAGGGCUACCAUGGGUGGCAUCUCCCUCGACUACCAGCACUGCGGCCGCACUGUGAUGGUCGCCGAGGACCCCGAAGAACCGCCUUGGAUACAAGGGGAGUCUGGCGGAGAGUGUCCCCUGGAGGAGACGGACCCCGUGAUGUUGCUGACACAGGGAAAAACGGACUUCUUCAGCGCCGAGAUCGACUUCAUGAAGGCGCUCUUGAGCGGCAAGGGCAUCGACCACCACAUGGAGUACAACUAUUUCGCCGCGCUGGAUAGCUUUUACGACCCCGACGACGUCAAGGAGGCGUGACAAUGCACGUACAUUUUUUGUAGAUCCAUUGGAAAAUGAGUUCAUUCCUCUCGGGAAAUGAACUAAUUUCCCGCCGCCCGCGUGUUGGCUGCUUGGAUGCGGAUGAGAUCAUUCAAUGGAUGAAUGUACCUGAUUGGCGGUGCGCCACCUCUGCCUCACUUGGCUCUACACUUGGCUACAGCUUGACUCGUUUUGUGAACGUGUUUUCGGUGUCGGGAGGGUGGUUCAUUGCAGCGAUGCGACAGAGAGAGGGAGAGAGAGAGAGAGAGAGAGAGAGAGAGAGAGGCAGAAGUCGGAUAUUUUUUGGAUUUGGGGGUUUUCAGGGAAGUGAGGAGUGAAUCUUUUGCGUGCGUGAAAAUCGACAUGAUCCACGACCGACCCGUCCUCUGCGAGGGAGAGGCUGCAACAGAGGGAGUAUGACCGACCUAUCGGGAACACGUGAGGUGAGUUCAGGUAUUGCAGUCAGCGCAACAAGAUUCACUUCACUGGGAAUGGGUGUUGGGAACCUUCUGCACGGGAGUGAAUUUCGAUCAGGGGAUCGAUGUGUUUUUCUGUGAAACCAUCUGCUACGAAAGGAUGUAUUUCACGUUUGACAUGAAGCCGGUUGUGGAACUAUUGGGCAGGCUACAGCAACGUUGCUGUUGGCUUGGUUGGAGGAGCCAUCGGCAAACCAGGGCGGCGACAAUCGUGAUUUGCUGCUCAAUCUGCCCAGUCUAUAUUCUGUUGAGAAGUGUACCAUUUUUUCGUUGGUUUUGACGAAAAAGUCAAGGCUGCCGGGGUGCAUUCGAUUGCAUGCAGAGAAUCCGAACUAUUACGUGUCUUGAUUUGUGUGGUCAGUUUUUGUGGUGGUUCGAUCGGCCAACAAUACGCCGGCCAAAGGUCGUUGUUGUUAUAUCAUGUAGCCGGUCAAGAUGGUAUUACUCGCGUUGGCGAAUCUGUUGCUGUAAUGCACGAUAUAUCGCUUAGCAUUGCCAAUUAAACGUCAUGCCUGUCGUGACAACCUAGGCAGCAUGUCUCUUUGCAGGACGCCCAUACCAUCGCUCUCCGGGGAUGGAAACGAAAGCAGUGUUGUCGAUACUGAG